AUGAACUUGCCAAAACCCAAGCGCCUCCGCCGCGCACCGCAGCGCAGCCUCCGGAGCUCCGACGGGGAAGACGGUGAGAUCGACAUCCUGGGAGAGGAGGAAGAUGAAGACGAGGAGGGAGAGGAAGACGAAGAGGCGGAGGAGAGCCAGCGGUUCCUAGCGCAGCUGCGGCCGCCGGGGACGCGGGAGGCGCGGCGGGGCGCGGGCGCGCUUCCCCGAGAGCCCCCCGAAGGCGGCGGCGCCCCGAGCGACUCCUCCAAGUUUGGCACCGAGUUCAGGGCAUCGAGCGGCCCUGCGGCGGCCUCUGGGGACGGCCCGCAGCCGGCGAAGCCCCCCUACUCGUACAUAGCGCUCAUCACCAUGGCCAUCCUGCAGAGCCCGCACAAGCGUCUCACGCUCAGCGGCAUCUGCGCCUUCAUCAGCGGCCGCUUCCCCUACUACCGCCGCAAGUUCCCCGCCUGGCAGAACAGCAUCCGCCACAACCUCUCGCUCAACGACUGCUUCGUCAAGAUCCCCCGCGAGCCGGGCCACCCGGGCAAGGGCAACUACUGGAGCCUGGACCCCGCCUCCCAGGACAUGUUUGACAACGGCAGCUUCCUCCGGCGCAGGAAGCGCUUCAAGCGCCACCACCCGCCGCCGGGAGUCCACCUGCACCACCCCCUGCCCCUGCCCGCCGCGCCCGCCGCCCUGCACGGCCCCUGCCCGGGCCUUCUGCUCGGGCCCCCCGCCCCGCCGCCCCCAGUCCCGGGGGCCUACCCCGCCGCCGCCGGCAGCCGCCCGUGCGCGCUGCUGCACCCUCACCCGCUUCGCUACCUGCUGCUGUCGGCCCCGGCCUGCGCGGAGACGCCCAGGAAAGCGCUGGGCGCCGACCUGGCCGCCGCCGGCGCGCUCCCGGCGUGCGGCCCUCUCUGCGCUCCCAGCCUUGGGAGGAGGGCAAGGGGCCGGCGGCGCCGCCGCGAGACCGAUGCACCCCCUUCAGCAUCGAGAGUAUCAUGCGAGGGGUCCGGGGAGGGGGCACCAGGGCCGGGCAGGGUCUGCCCCCGACCCCGUGGGGCUAUUGCCACCUGCUGCAGCGCCCGGCGGGCCUGCGGGACCGUUUCAGAGCAGCCCCAGCAGCAGGGCUGUACCAGCGGCGGCGCUCCGAGCGAGGGCGCUCUGCUGGGCCAACACCUGUCCGCCCCCGCGGCGCUGCUGGGGUGUCAGCCUGGAGCGGAAGGCUCCGGGCUGACCACGGUGGCCAGCCUUUCCGGCAGAGAGGGUAUCUUGCCAGCCUUUUGA